AUGUCUGUUAAUGAGCACCAGCAAGUUGGUCUGAAUCCUAUGUCGAACUCCGGCUCUAAUGAUUCACGAAACUCCUCGACCAACACCAUCAGACUCCCGCCAAUCUCAUUUAUCAGUGGGUUGCAACGCCCAAACAUGAAUGGCAAUAACCUUCCAAAACUCGAACCUAACGAUAAUCCUCAGACCCCACAGCAAGAUUCUAUUCCUAUGAGCCCUCAUAUCCCACCUCCGUCAGCAUCAUCUUCGACAUCGGCCACCCAUCAGGAUUCUCCUCGUCGUUUUGACAUCCAACGUACCUCAACCUCCUCGAACUCUCCGAAUGUCACCUCCAAACCAACUUUACCAUCCUUUGACCAUACUGCUUCGUCAAUUGACCAUUCUCCUAGACCGGUUUUACCUCCAACGUCUCUUGGUGACAAACAAGGUCCAUUGCCCCUUAGCUCCGGUGGUAGUGGUAGCGGGGUUUCAAAACCGGGGUAUCAGCUACCAGGAAUCUCUUCGUUCGAUAAUGGUAACCGAGGCAAUAAUAACAUUAAUUCGAUCUUGAAUAACAAUACCAAUGAAACAAGUGCAACAAAUGGUAUUUACCAACCAGCGUACGGAUCACCUUCAACGGGGAAACCGUUCAGCAGUGGCUCUAACAUCAACAGCCUAUUGAAUAACAACGCCGAUAACGAAGAUAAUAAUGAUAAAAAUGGUUCUACUACUUCUACUCACCAGAAUAAUCUUCCAACCCCAGCAACUUUCUCUAGCCCUCAUACCCCAGUGGUUUCAACAACCGGUUCCAGUGCGGGGUCGCAUGAAUUACAGCCAUCAUCGUCGUCAUCUUUACAAACCAGGAUGAUUAUCCAUCAGCAUCAUCCAACGAGAUUCAAUCCAAGCAAAGACGAACCAUCCAGUGCCAACACCUCCACUGAUGUAUCUUACAAUUCGCCGGGGAUGUAUGAAAAAGACACCAAUGUGUUAUCGUCCUCAAAGACCGUUGCUGCUGCUGCCCCGGAUUCUAAUGUACAAGUUGAUGGCCAAGAACCUACGACAGUUGUAUCAACCGCUAUUGGACCAGUCAAUGAAGAAACAAAUAGUGUUUGUGCUUCACCAAGGAAAGAGACUCCUAAACCUUUUAUCAAGCCAAAAGUUGUGGUAUCCAACGAAGAAGCCCUUGGAUUCGCAGGGAAAUUCCCACGCAAACGGUUGGGAUCAAUGGUAUAUUCCCUUUCCCCAACUUUGUCGCUUCAAGCAAUGUUGGAUAACGAUACCAGGGAGGACAAAGAGUUGGAAGAAGUGUAUAAGAAAGAAAUUGAGAAGAACCACACGUUUGUGAUUCCCGAACUUCGCGACCAUAUCAAUAGUAUCAUCACGGUUCGUAUCCCAAAAUUUUAUUUACAACAUAAAAAUAACCCGAAUUUGAGCGUGAAGAGACGCAGUGUGUGGGGUACCGAUAUUUAUACCGACGAUAGUGACAUCGUGGCGAUUUUAAAACAUUGUGGGUUCAUUAGUGAUCUAGAAGAUUUCGACGAUUCGGAGGAACAACAAGUGAUGCAGGACUUGAAAGAAUUGGUUGGUGAGCAAAACCGAGUGGUCAUUACCCCGGGUUUCAAAUCUGAUAAACCCAAUGUUUUGUAUGCCAAUAGCCUAUUGAAUGAUGAUGGUGAUAAUGAAACGGGAAAGGCCAAGGAUAAAGAUGACACUGGCACUGCUGCUAAUGUUGAUAAUGAUACUGAAAAGACGGCUAAUGGGAAACAAAAUGAGGAUAAUAAUGAUGAUGUAAAGCCUGAUGAAGAUCAAGAUAAAACUCAGAAUGAGGAAGACCUAGACAAAACUCAGAAUGAAGAGGAUCAAGAUAAGACUCAGAAUGAGGAAGAUCAGGAUAAGACGCAACACGAGGAAGAUCAGGAUAAAACUCAACAUGAAGAUACUACAAUUGGCGAGGAGAAUGAUGAUGAGAAAAAGCCGAAGCCAAAGGAGGAAGGGGGAGAAGAAGAACAAAAACAAGAAGUGGAAGCAGAAGAGGAAGAAAAGAAACACGAUGAGUUUGGGAUUGAGCAAUUCAAAAACCAGUCGAAUAUCACAGUAGAGUUACUUGUUUUACCAACUCUCAAGCAUUACCAAGGGUCAUUCCGCAAUAACUUGAAUUCCAGAAGUUGGAGAAGUUCUCAUGAUGGGGUAUCGGUCGCGUUGUAUUCGGUAAAGUAUGACAAUUUCCAAGUAAAUGAAGAUGGCCCAGCUCUAGAAAACAAAAGCGCUUUUACUUAUGUCAGUGCGGAUAAUAAUAACAUUCAAUAUUUGAAUCAAUCAUUUUAUGAGAAUGUCAAAAGAAAAGUCAGUGGGUUUGAUCUUCCAGAACCAAAGAAGGUGAAAGUAUAG